AAAUGACAAAGAAUUUAUAAAAGAACCUACUGAAAAACGACAAAGAAAACCCGCUAAAAACGGUGAACCUACUCACCGAAAAAUGACGAAUUUACCGAAGAAAACUGACGACGAAUCCAGUGAAAAACCAACAAAGAUUAACACCAAGAAACAACGAAUUUACUGA